AUGUUAAAAUAUAAUGAAAUGAUUUCUUAAAGAUUGGCGAGAAUGAUCAUUAAAUUGGAAAUAAUUAAGACAGAGGAAUUAAACAAGAAAAGUUAACAAUUAAAAUUGAAAAAAGGAAAAAUAGGAGAGGAGGAGAAUAAUGACUUAAUAAAUAAAUAAAUUAGAUUAAUAAGGGCCGUUAUAAAAAAAACGUAUAAAUAUCUAGGAAUAUAAAAAUAAUUGGCAGACAACAAAAAGGAUUUAAUGGAGAAAUAAUAGAAAACUUAUAUCAAAAUAAUAUAAGAAGUAAAUAUGAUGUAAGAGGAUUCAGGACUAAUCAUGGAUCCUUAUUAUUCAGAAGUAAUGGCUUUGCUAUAGUGAUAGUAAAGGAUGAAAAAGAGAUCCACAGCGAAUAUGAAUUAAAAUAUGAGAUAAAAGUCAUAUAAAAUUAGAGAGAUGAUAAGUGAUUUAGGGCAAUCUUCUAACAAAAAGAAAAGAGAUAAAUGGUCAGAAGGAUAUAAUAAUAAAUAUCAUACUGAUUUUGAGUUAUUCAUUACUCUAUGUGAAGAUAUCUCACACAAUGAAUAUCUUUAUUCCUUUAUUAAUUAUCUAAAAUCAUGA